AUGGCAACAGACAAUUCAAACCCGGUCUUAUUAUUUCUUCAUGGUUUUCCAUCGUCUUUCUAUUGUUGGUGUCAUCAAAUUGCUUAUUUUUCUAAACAAGGAUAUGGCUGUUUAGCACCAAAUUUAAUGGGUUACGGUCUUAUUUUAUUUAAUGUUGGUUAUCGUGCACCGACGAAGUUCGACUUCGAACAAACGCUAACAUUCACCAAGAAAAAUCUAGGUUAUGAAACUGUUGGCUACUGGGAAUUUUUUGAUUUCAAUGAUGCAGCAAAAGUUCUCGAAGGUAAUCCAGAUCGAUUGAUCGAUCUUGGUUAUGCAAAUGAUUCAACAUUGUGGAAAACAGAUUUUCCUCCCCUUAGUAAAGCUCGAGAAUGGUUGGCAAAGGAAAAGACAACAACUCGAGCUUCAUGCUUAACACAUAAAGAUUGUGAAAUAAUACGUAAAUGUAUAACUGAAGGAAUUCAACCAAAAUUAAAUUGGUAUAAAUCAGCUAUUGAUAAUGUUGAUUGGGACGAUGAAAAGAGUCUUGAUCCAACAAUAAAACGGCCAGUUCUUUACGUUGCUGCGAUGAAAGAUUAUAUAUGUAUUCCGCAAUUUUUUGCUGAUCACAAGCAGUAUAUUGCUGAUUUGGAAACAAUUGAAUUAGAAACAAGUCAUUGGACUAUGAAAGAAAAUCCAGGAAAAGUCAAUGAAGUAGUUGAAAAAUGGUUUAAAAGAAUCGUUUGA